CCACCAGCAACAACAACAACAACAUCCAUCUCACAUCCCAGGCAAUUUCUCCUUUUAAAAAAGCCACCACUACCGCCAAAAAUUAAGGAACUCAAAUUUUCUCUUCUUUUCUAUAAUAUGACCGAGUUCUUAUUGUUGUUUUCAAAGCAAAAGAAAAAAGUUUAUGUAUGUAAUAUUAUAUAUCACCCUACCCUAGUACACUUCUAUAUCCCCUCAUCCAUUAUGUAUUAUCGCUAUAUAUAUCAUACCCGCUUGCUCAUUCACACAUUCUCUUGCCUUUCCCAUAUGGCUUUGUAUACGCUUUUACCCUUUGUAUUGUAUUGAAACAAGCUUUUGUAUUUUCUGCAUGCUAGCAUUCUAAUGGCGUGUAUUUACUUAAAUUGUCAUCAUACACUGACUAUUGACUGCUCAAAAAAUAAAAUAAAAGAAAAACCUUUCUGCAAC